AUGAACGACGACAAAAACGAUGGGCUUCUCGUCCCAAUCGACUUCAAUAAUGUCAGUGGCGGUAGACGAGAAUCGAGGAUCGAUAAGUACGCCAAGCGCAGCUCGCAGAUGUUUAUCCCAUUCAGCAUCGUGGAUUUUCGACAUUCCCAGGCGCUGACCCCAGCAUCCCCGCGCUAUCCGAUGCAGACCUUGCAGGAAGGUGGACGAGGGCUCGAGAGGAUCGAUUCCAUCGAUACGAUCACGGCUGAGAAGCAGGAGGCUGCCGUCCAUGAAGAGGAAGUGCUUGGAAGUACUGAGAUUUAUGAUAAGGAUGGAAACAUCCGGCUUGUGCCCGUGAGUGAAGGACCACAGAUGGAUCCGAAAUGCAUUGGGAGACUGACCGUGACUAUCAAGACUCCUACUCCGGAUCCCAAGGAUCCUCUCAAUCUGCCUGAGUGGCGCAAGUGGCUUGCUGUCGCCUCGUUAUGCUUCUUCGGCUCCGUCUCGCUUGCUGCCGAGAUCGCCGUCGCUGGCCUCUUGCCCGUGUUCAUCCUUGAGUACUCUGGAGUCGAUCCGGCUUCAACUCUCAAGCAUGCCGACCUCAAAGGCAAUCCAAACCCUCUUGCCAUUGUGCCACCCGGCGUGACUCCAGUUUCUCUGACGUCUGUUUCUCUUCUGGCGACCAUUCCCAUGCUCAGUAAUGGUGUUGCUACGUAUCUCUUGGUCCCUCUUACGGCUGCCAUCGGUAGACGUCCGGUCCUCAUCCUCACGUCGGCUUUUUCCUGGGGCGGAGGGUUCUGGGCCGGAUACAGCAAGUCGCUUACAAGCCAUAUUGCUGCCAGAGUCUUCCACGGUCUUGGGUCUGGUGCUGUCGAGGCCUUGCUCCCUUUGAUCGUCCAGGAUAUGAUGUUUCUUCACAAGAGAAACAAAGCUGUGGCGUCCAUCAUUGCCAGUCAGGGGCCAAUGAUUAUGCUUUUCGGAAUCCUUGGUCCGUACAUUGCUGUCAACUGGGACUGGCGAUGGAUCUACUGGAUCACAUCCGCCGUCGGCGUCCUGACCUGGAUCAUGCUCAUCCUGUUUGUACCCGAGACACUCAGACAGAGAUCUAAAGCAGAGCUUGCUGGACACCAGCUGUGGCCCAUAGCUGCGGGCGAGGACCGCACUCAGCUAGACUACGCCACAUACGGCGCGCGUACGCGGUGGGAUGACCUUGGGUUCUUCCAGAGCGGAACUCACUGGAAGGAUGCCGGCCUCCAGAUCAUCGCCACUCUCAAGACCACCAUGUUCCCCGCUGUCUUGUGGUGCACUCUAUUGCAGGUUGCAUUUGGGAUGGUCAUGGGUGCGACAGGACAGGCGACCUCAUUCGCUCUUCUCGCUGCUGGCGUUCCUUUCGAACUCACCGGCCUUUCGCAAAUUCCCCAGAUCUUGUCAACUAUCGUCAUAUUCGUCGUCGGUGGACCAGUCGCCGACUCAGUGUCUCUCUGGAUCUCGAAGAAGAAGGGUGGCCGUGAAGCCGAACACCAGCUUCCCAAUCUCAUCCUGCCAAUUUUCUUCGCCAUCACGGGUGCUCUAGUGUUUGGAUACGCCGAUCAGAACCACCUUCAUUACGCCGUCUUGCUGCUCGGGACCUUCUUUCUCAUGACAUCAACCUUGAUCACAGCGCCGAUUGUGCAAAACUAUGUCAUUGAGAGCUACCCCCAGUGGGCUGGUCCCGUUCUGGUAAACGUCUCGACUCUACGUGUUUUCAUAUCCUUUCCUCUUAACACACAGGUGACAACUUGGCUUCAAGAAUUAGUCUAUCUGUCCAUCAUGCUCCUAGUCGUCUCGACCGGCAUUCCAAUUCUCUUCAUCUUUGGCAAGAAGUUACGCAUGAAGACGUCCGACAAAGUUUCAAAGAGGCAAUAA